AACAAACGCUGCCAUCUUGAAUGGCAACUGCUUCUGAUCAAUGCGACAUAAAAGUCAGUAUUUAAUGUGACAUACGGCCCGUUGUUCAUUUUCAUUCAAGGGCGAUUCAACAACGCUAUGGCUGACUAUCUGAUAGCUGGCGGCACAGGUUAUGUGCCUCAAGACGGAAUGACUGCCAUGCAGUUAUUUGGUUGUGGCGAAGGUUUAACUUACAAUGACUUCAUAAUUCUUCCAGGCUUCAUUGACUUUUGUGCAGAUGAAGUGGACUUGACCUCUGCUUUGAGUAAAAAGAUCACUUUGAAAACACCACUUGUCAGCUCUCCAAUGGACACUGUCACAGAAUCGUCCAUGGCAAUAGCAAUGGCUCUGAAUGGUGGAAUUGGGAUAAUCCAUCACAAUUGUUCUACAGAAUUUCAAGCUAACGAAGUCAGGAAAGUAAAGAAGUUUGAGCAGGGUUUUAUUCUGGAUCCAUUAGUUCUCAGUCCAGAAAACUGUGUUGGUGAUGUCCUGGCAGCAAAGGCAAAGCAUGGCUUUUCUGGGAUACCCAUAACAGAAAAUGGUCAGAUGGGUGGGGUUUUGGUUGGCAUUGUUACCUCCAGAGACAUUGAUUUUGCUCAUGAACCUGACAUGUCAAGACCCAUCAAGGAGGUGAUGACUCCUCGUGAAGAGCUGGUUGUAGCUAAAGAUGGUGUGACGCUUCAAGAAGCCAAUGGCAUUUUACAAAGGAGCAAGAAAGGAAAGCUUCCUAUUGUUAAUGAAAAGGGACAGUUAGUCUCAUUGAUUGCCAGGACAGAUCUCAAGAAGAACAGGAAUUUUCCUCUUGCUUCUAAAGAUGCUAACAAACAGCUGUUAGUUGGUGCAGCCAUCGGUACUCGAGAUGAAGACAAGGAGAGGCUAGAAGCCUUGGUUCAGAGUGGGUUGGAUGUGGUUGUUAUUGAUUCCUCACAAGGAAAUUCUAUCUUCCAGCUGAAUAUGAUCAGAUAUAUAAAGGAAAAGUAUGCAGAUCUCCAAGUAGUUGGUGGUAACGUUGUGACAGCAGCUCAAGCAAAAAACCUGAUUGAUGCUGGAGUUGAUGGACUUAGGGUUGGUAUGGGAAGUGGCUCUAUCUGUAUUACACAGGAAGUCAUGGCAGUUGGCAGACCACAGGGAACUGCAGUGUUUAAAGUGGCAGAGUACGCCCGCCGGUUUGGAGUCCCUGUGAUUGCAGAUGGUGGUAUCCGAGAUGUGGGGCAUAUUUCAAAGGCUCUUAGUUUGGGAGCUUCAACAGUUAUGAUGGGAUCAUUAUUAGCUGGAACUACUGAAGCCCCAGGAGAAUACUUCUUUGCUGAUGGUGUUCGGCUCAAAAAGUACAGAGGAAUGGGUUCAUUAAGUGCCAUGGAGAAUCAGGGUGGAGCACAAAGAUAUUUCAGUGAGCAUGACAAGGUAAAAGUUGCUCAAGGAGUGUCUGGCUCUGUAGCAGACAAAGGAUCUAUUCACAGAUUUGCUCCAUAUCUUUAUACUGGGAUUCAACACAGCUGCCAGGACUUGGGAGCAAAGAGUCUUACUCAACUCAGAGCCAUGAUGUACUCUGGUGAGCUCAAAUUUGAAAAGAGGUCAACAUCAGCCCAGAUAGAAGGAGGAGUUCAUGGACUUCAUUCGUAUGAGAAGAGACUCUUCUGAACUACAAGACUCAAGCCAUGCACACAAAGAUCAUUCAAUUAACCUGUGCAACAAUCCUCAAAUGAUGCUGAUUAGAGAUUUGUAAAUAUCACAAAGAAGAAAUUAAAUUAUCGAAUUAUGUUUAAGUAGAUGAUCAUAGGUCAUUAUCAUGCACCUGAUGUUUAUUUUGGGGGAUUUCAAAAGCAGUAGUCCAUUUUUCAGUUAUGUGCUUGGUUCCUAAGUCAGUGAACAGGAGUCAGGCUAAAGGUGACCUUGUUAUUAUACAAACCUUGCUGCUUUUAAAUGCAAAUUACUUUGUCAUCAUGCUAACUAGAUACUGGUCUCUAUCACAACAAGGUGACCUUCAGCCUCACUCCAAAUCAAAGACUUGGCAACUAAGUACACAACUGUAAAAUGGCCUAUUAUGUUGUACCCAUCUGUUUUGUUCUUUUUUUGUUUUUUGCUUUUUGGAAAGCUCAGUAAAAUUCUGCCCAAUUUUUGAAGAAGAAAUUGAAAUUUUUUGCAAGGAAACAAACUGAUAUGAUAGAGAUACAUAUAUAUAUUUUUUAAUGAAUCCUCCUCUUCCAUUCAUUUGAAUACAACCUGACACAGUCUACAUAACAGCAAAUCCUUGGCAAUUUAUUACCACAAAUUCUCUAGUAUAUUCCCCAGUGACUUGACUUGACCAAGGUCUUCUGCAUCAGUGAUUGAAUAGUUGACCCAAAAGACUGCAGUUUGCAGAACAGAUUCCUGUUUUGUUCACUGACAGUAAACACAGGCAGCUUGGAAUUGUGAAAAUUCCCAUUAUGAACAUCAGCUUUGUAUGGACAGGUUAUGGUGCUAUUUAGGUUUUAAAAAACUGUUUUCCUAACCAUAAAUUAUGCUAUAACACCACUGCAGAAGAUUAUUUAACCCUUUAUUUCCAAGAUGUGAUUAACAUUUAAACUUCUCUCUUUAACAUCCCUAUAUUAUCCAGCAAACAGUUAAUGAGAAUACUUAAACUUAACAGGUAGAAGUUAUGUUGAUCUAACUCCACGCUCUUACAAAUUUACAAGGGAAUGUGUAGCAGCAAGAGGGGAGAGUUGUCAAUUAGAUCUUGGAAAUGCAAGGGUUAGGAGCUGGUCUUGGCUUGUGUAUUAUCAAUCCCAGUCAUUAUCCUUGAGAUUAUUUUUUUAAACCACAUUAGUCACUAGUACAGUCACCCCUCUCAGUUUGCUAUUUGUAUAAGAUAACUACACACAAGUUAGUAGAAAGAAGAUAUUUUUUUCUGCAAUCUCAUCAUUACUUACAAUAAAGAGAGCAAGAGAAGAUAAGCUCUGCUCAUUGAAUGCCUUCCCUUGAACAUGAGGUAGUUUGCAUAAAAGCAAAAUCUCUAAAACAUUGGCUGGACAUAUAACAAUUUCCUCCUUAGUACCCCUCCCCCCCUCCGCUACCCACCUUUUAACCUCACUGCCUAAUCCCCAGUGCCGAGCAACAUGUUCUUCCUAGUGGUAGAGAGGCAUUGGCCUUAUCUGGCUGAAAAUUUCUCGCCGAUAUUUAUUCAGCUUUUCUUAUGCGAUUAUGAAUUUACUUGUGCUUUGUCAUAGGUUACUAGAUCGUAAAUUGUUGAUAGAGAAUAUUUAUAGGUUUAUUUCAUAGAUUAUUGGAGUUGUUAGCUCAUUGCCGCCGCCGAAAUUCUUAUAUAGUUAAAACAUUAAGGUUUUUAAUUUACAUGAAAACCUUUACUUUAUUAAAUCGUACUUAAUCAUCUUAAUAUGCUACUUGUUCGUCUCGCAAGCCUAACUAUUUGCUUAAUGAUUUAUAUUGAUGUCACUGUUCCUUCCAAAGGAAUCUUUUCUUGUUUUGUCAAACAUUCUUAAUCUACCUGUCUUGUUCUCUGUGAUGGUCAAUAGGUGUCAUUUUCGUUCUAAUAAUUAUUAAAACUAUGAAAAUCGAUGUAUGAAGUAACAUUGGUACAUUUUCCGCCUCUCUCCUCUCAGUUGAUGUUUGUUAUCUUCAUGUCAGAUUCGAAGCCGUUUUUAAACAAAUGCAAUCAAGUGUUUGAUCUGCACUACAUACUCUUGUUUCAGUGUAAUCUUAGUUUUAGGCUUAAAGCUUAAGUCAAGUUUUUUUCGUUUGGCUUGAUAAGUGAUCACCACAAAUUAAAUCAUUUUAUCUUUAUUUCCGCCUUUGGAAAGUAGAGCAUGUAUUUUCUAUUCACCACGUUUUGAGAUUCUAAGUGGCAGCGGAAGUGUUUGGGAAUUAUCAUUCAUUGAGCGAAAGAUUCCCGAAUAUGUAAGCCAAUUACCGAAAAUCAGGACUCAAAUCUGAUGAAUUUCGUAAAUUUGAUUAAAUAUGUUGUAGAGGUGUUAUCAAUGAAA